UCACAAACUAUUCAGUUUUAUUUGUUUAUAGCACCAUUGAGAUUUGAGGCCAUUCACAAGAAAUGGUGGCUGUAUUCAACAAAGAGCUCUUGAGCUGGUACCUCAUCACCCUUAAACUCAAAGAAACCUUAGAAUCAGGGAUUCCAUCUUCUCCUAUUUCAGGUAACAGAUCAAUUGAGUUUCCUCAACAGCAUGAGGAGGAAAAGCUUCAGCAUGAACCUACAGAACCAUUGCAAGUUGUCAUCAAUGGAGAAGAUGAAAAGCAAGAGGAACCAAACUCACCAGCAUCUGAAUGGGUCGUAACCAUCAAGGAAAAGCUAGAGCAGGCAUGUCAAGAUGAUGUGGCAAGUUCAUGGUCCAAGUUAUCAAUCUACAGAAUCCCUCACUACCUUAGAGAUAGUGGUGGUGAAGACAAAGCUUUUGCACCACAGAUUGUGUCGAUAGGUCCUUACCACCAUGGCAAGAAACGCCUUCGCCAAAUGGAUCGCCACAAAUGGCGUUCCCUUAACCAUGUCCUCAAGCGUGCCAAACAUGACAUUAGGCUCUAUCUCAAUUCCAUGAAGGAGAUUGAAGAGAGAGCUCGCUCAUGUUAUGAAGGACCAAUCAGUUUAAGCAGCAAUGAGUUUGUGGAAAUGCUUGUCCUUGAUGGUUGUUUUGUGCUUGAGCUAUUCAGAGGAGCCACCGGGGACUUCAAGCAACUUGGAUAUUCGAGGAAUGAUCCGGUUUUCGCAAUGCGUGGAUCGAUGCACUCCAUUCAGAGAGACAUGAUCAUGCUAGAAAACCAGCUUCCUUUGUUUGUACUAGAUAAGCUUCUGGGAAUUCAACUGGGAAAUCCAGAACUGAAAGGACUUGUUGCAACUCUAGCACUCAGAUUCUUUGACCCUUUGAUGCCAACAGAUGAACCAUUGACAAAGAGUGACAGAAACAAAUUGGAAUCAUCACUUGGAGGCACCGACACCUUUGACCCUUUAUCUGAUCAAGAAGGUCUUCACUGCUUGGAAGUGUUCAGAAGAAGUCUUUUGCGCACAGGACCUCAACCAGUACCUAGAAUAUGGAUCAAACGCAGGUCAAAUGCUCAAAGAGUUGCUGACAAAAGGAGACAGCAACUGAUACAUUGUGUCACAGAGCUUAAAGAGGCUGGAAUCAAGUUCAAGAAGAGGAAGACUGAUCGCUUCUGGGACAUCAAAUUCAAGGAUGGAAAACUGCGAAUACCACGGCUCUUGAUCCAUGAUGGUACCAAGUCUUUGUUCCUCAACCUCAUUGCUUUUGAGCAGUGUCAUCUUGAUUGCAGCAAUGACAUUACAUCCUAUGUCAUUUUCAUGGACAACUUGAUUAACUCUCCAGAGGAUGUGGGGUAUCUUCAUUACCGCGGCAUCAUUGAGCAUUGGCUUGGGAGUGAUGCUGAAGUUGCAGACCUUUUUAACCGGUUGUGCCAAGAGGUUGUGUUUGACAUAAAUAACAGUUACCUUUCUCCAUUGUCUGAGGAUGUGAAUCGGUAUUACAAUCAUAGAUGGAAUACUUGGUGUGCAAGCUUGAGACACAAUUACUUCAGUAAUCCUUGGGCUAUUAUCUCUUUGGUUGCUGCUGUUGUCUUGUUACUACUUACUCUUGCACAAACCUACUACAGUAUAUAUGGAUAUUACAGACCGGCUGGGUAAUUGGUAAGUACUCUUGCAGGAUUUUCAUUUCCUCCAUAAUGUAUCCUCAACAUAUUUUCUAGUAUUGACCCUUUUCAAGUUUGAGAUGUUGAUGUGUCUGCCUUAGUUUCAAUAAUCAAGCUUAGGAAAGAGCUUGGAAGGCUGAAACCUCAUUAAUUCAUUUGUUUUGGCACAGAAGGUAUUGGUAUUGGCUAGUUGCUACUGCUGUAAUACAACUUUCCUUUGGAAUGCAAAUGUUGGCACAACAAUUUUGGCUUAAUUGCCUUAA